UGCUGUCAAUAGUUCAGUCAAAGUCAGUGAGGCCUGGAGAAAAGUCUCACAGGUGCACAGAAACAUAAAUGAUGAUGUCUGAUUCCAGGGUGUCCUCUGUAAUCCAAGAGUGGGCGAGCCCUUACUCUGGACAAACCCACACUCAGAAUCCACCCACCUCCAAUCAAAGUGGGUCAACUGAUCAGUUAUCUCAGAUGGACAUGAUGGCGUACGGUCAUUCUCAGGGCUUGGUAAGGAUGGGCAGCGAGGACCGAGCUCCUGAACCAUUGACGGGAUUGUACCUCCCGUACGCAUCGUGUCUCAGCAACACCACGAAUGUGGGGAGCACAAACCACCACCCGAGCCAUACCACCACUCAGCAGGACUUUUCUCCCUUCCUCCUGCCAACUCUGAGGGCCCCAGUGACUAAGAGAAGCAUCAGUAAGGACAGCGCAGAGUAUCGGCUGCGCCGCGAGAGGAACAACAUCGCCGUGAGGAAGAGCCGGGACAAAGCUCGCAGGCGCAUCCUCCUCACGCAACAGAGGGCCCUGCAGCUGCAGGAGGAAAACCAAAAGCUGCAGCUGAGGAUAGGACAGCUCACACAGGAGCUGGACACUCUCAGGCACGUCCUGGCACAGCGCCACCUGCAGACAGAUGAUGGAGCAAUACAGGAACCUGCCAUCUGAGUGGAGCUUAAACUUAUGUCAUCAGACAAUUUCUUAUAUCCACAUCCUGAUAUGGGUCAAAAUCUCUGUCAUGAUCUGUCUAUGCACUUAAAGAGUCAGUGUAAUACCCUCGUCACACCUUGACC